UAUGGACACAGAUAGUACGACAGAUUCAGCCAAAAAUAAUGUCGAGGACGGUCAUGGAGAUACCGACAAUCCCGCCGACAAUCCCCAGCAAGACGAAACACCAAGCGAACCUGAUGCCCCGCCAUUAGAAUACAUCAAGCUUUUUGAAAAGCAAGGAAACCAAUGGAAAGAGAUGACAGGCAAGCGUGAGCGACAGAUCUGGAAAGUCGGAAUCGCCCGUCGCCGGUUCCAUGUGAGGGAUCAUCCCACCAGUGUGCGGAGGCUGUUGCUGCGUAUCAUCUUCAAUGCAGGACCAGCGCUUUUCCCUGAUCGAUUUGCGCACUGGGCUGUGUAUAUUUGUCCGGUCGAUGCACUUUCCGAGGACAGCUCAUAUAGCAUGCUGGUGCUCAGUCCAUCGAAGAGGCACCGUUCGCCUCUGGCGCUUUCCCAGGCUGCGAAUUUGUAUUGGCCUUCUAAGAUUGGUCCAUUUGGAUAUGAAAAAUCUGAUGAAUUGGAAGAGGUAGAGGCUUGUUUUGCGCGCGAAGAAUUGGGUCGCAUAGCAAACAUGUUCAGAGACAUAUGUGUUAUUGGCGGAAUCAAAUAUGAUCCCUUCAAUCUUCACUCCCAACUCUUUGCAACCGCGCUGUACAACUUCUUCCGUUUCCAUGCCGUAGGACCGGAAGGCAAGGGGUGUCCUCCAUUCGAUGUCGAUUUGUUCAAAACAUCGACGGCUGCUCUGAACCAAGCAUAUCUACUAGUGCUAUCCAAACGGCAUAUACGAAAUCUCCUUCUCCGCAUACUACUAUCGCACAACGUAAACCAAGUUCUACUGCAGGGCUCAUUCCUUAACAGUCCAUUCCAAUUAUUGUUCGAAUGGAUGUCGUUAUUGAUCUUUCCAGCACCACAGGUCCUGCAUUCCAUCGCAGCUCUAGUCAUACCCCCAGAAUUUGCAGUAGCGUUCUGGGGAUCAUUGACGGACUUAUUGAAUAGUAAAUUCGCUACACUGGUUUGCUACACCGUAGUUUCUCCUUUCUUGAUCAGAUGCUGUUACAUAAUCAUACUCACGAGAACUUCCACCGUACUCAGUUUCUUGGAGACCAUCAUGGUGUAUCCCUUCACCGCCAAGCACAAAAACGCCUCGCAAUUCACCAUAAUAGUCGGUUUCAUACUGUUCUGGUACAUUGGAAUUCCUCCGCCGAAGCCACUGCUGUACGCCGUGUCGGUUGUCGAGCUAUUUGAGCUGAGUCGGCCAAUCGCUCUAGCGGCUCCAUGGGCGUCGAAUGCUUGGAAUAGAGCCUUUCUUACCAGAGGCUUACUCCAGGCGGGGUUUGAAAGUAGGCUGUCAUCAUGGUACGUCGGUGAACAUCGCUGUGGACAUGGUCACGAUUUAGCUCAAAGGUCGUCGAAGCCGACGAGCGGUGCGUCGGGUCUGAAGCAACGGCUGAAAAAUCUGAAUUACGUGGCGGACAAAGUAUUUUCAAGAAUCAUUAUUGUCGGAUUGAUCAUCAUCAUUUAUAUUCAUUCCCCUAUCAGUUUCGAGCGUUAUAGUUGGAAUGGGAGAGGGUACGGUGGUAGAUUCGAAUUAUAA